AUGUCUACAUCCAAGCGAAAGAAAUUGUCCGAUUCGUCGGAUUUAUUAGCGCUACUCCCUCUGGAGAUAUACCAGUUGAUCAUCCCCAGAAUCUCCAAGACUGAUUUGGUCAACUGCAGUUCAACAUCUCGUUCGCAUCGCAGAAAACUCGAGGGAAAUUGUUUCCAGGAGUGCAAGAUCCCCUGGGAUGCGAUUGAUACGUUUUUGGAGUCAUCGUUGGACAAAUCUCAGUGCGAACAGGUCAGACUGUAUCUCUCUACAAACCUUACGAACUCCAAGAAGGCCGAGUGGAACGAUUUGUACAAACUGCUAUCGAAACUGAAGGAACUGCGCUCUCUUGUUUUGGAAACAUCAUCUUCGUCGAUAUUUCUGAAGUACCAGCCUCUUGACGAAAAACAAACGGGCAAGGUGGCAGACCUAUCGUUGGUAUCGCAGUUUCGCUUUGCCAAGUUUGAGAUUUCCCACCUUCGUUGUUUCCCCCAGAUCUCAUCGCUUUCGCUGCAAAACUUUCAGAUAUGUAAAGACAUGUUUGACUUUCAGGACUAUCGGUUUCCAAACCUGACUUCGCUGCAGUUGGCCAAUUGCACUUGGGAGUUCCCAGUUGGGCUUCAUCUUAUCUUCCCGUGCAAGUUGCAAAAGCUGGUUAUACAACUGGACGAUUCGCAUUCAAAUUUCACUCUCUCGGAGCGGUUUCUAUCCCUCUUGAAAUUUCACAAAGACAGAACGUGUAACGAAGAGUAUUACUCUCAUUUGAAGCAUCUCGAGAUCGAGGUCAAGGGCAAGUACCAGCCGUUCUGCAACUGGCUGCAAGCGCCUUGCGCCGGACUCACAACUUUGAAACUGCUAGGCUGGAAACUGAACAGUUUGGGUGAUCUUGAUGCAGUUUUCAAAGAUAAGUUUCCGAACUUGGAGAUGCUGGAAAUGAGUAUCUCCAACGAGAUGGACCUGGCAAGAUGUCGUUCCAAACUGCAGAGGCUGUUACCAGAAGCAAGGAUAAAAUUGCGGGUAUCAGAUGCAUAG